CCAUUUAAAAGCCUUGUUCUAAACUUAAUUUCAUUAAAGGAAAGGUUUUUACCCCAAAAAUGUGUCUGUAGAAGAAUCCAGAGUCACUUCUUCAAAAAAUAGGUAGUUACGCUUGAGCCAACUUUUAUGGCUAUUUAAAACUGUUAAGUUGGGAUUAAUCGCUAUCCUUCUGUUAAAGAGGACACGUGAAAUCAUUAUUUGGUUUUAUAACCAUAAAAAUUGGUCUAAUUGAUCCCAGAGGUGAGCCCAAAGUGAGGUCUUUUUUCAAGUCACAUUUAUUGUAUAUCGCGUUUAUGUUAAUCGUUUAUUAAGAAAUUAAAUGUGUUUUUCUUUAAGGAUAUUUAUUGGGCUUUCAAAUAUGUAACACCAAUAUUGUUGGGGCACCAUGAUUGUGUCAGUAGAAACGAGUUUUCCUGUAAAACGUAGGUGGGCCGAUUUUUGUGAUGACCAGUAUAUUUAAUUCGCCAAGCUGUUAACGAAAAUGGAUGUUACUACAAUUAUUGGUACGCCUGAUACAUCCCCCAAGGAUUAUAUUCCAACGUACACACCCACACACGAUUCAGGAAGUUCUAACUUGGCAGCUAUUUUUGGGAGAAAAUCAGAUGCGUUGAGCGCUGUUAAGCUGGAUCCAGCUGUUCUGGAAGCCCAGGUAACUGUCAAUGCGACACCAGAACCAGUUCUUCAGAAGUAUAGCACUACUCCAAACAUUCCGUCAGAUGCUGAAGUCGCGAAAGAUACAAACGCGCAGUCGAAAUUGGACUUCAAGGCGAUGGUAAUGAAGCAGGAAGAAGCGCUUUUAUCUCUUACUCCGCAGCAGCUUGAGAUGCUCAUGCAUUUCACACACACCAUGCGAAGGCAGCGACAAGUCCUGCAGAAGCAGCUGGAAUGUUCGUUUUGUAAAAACAAAGGGGAGCCAGUAUCUUGGUACUCCUCCCACUGCCUGAAGGACGGGCGUGGUCGCGUCAAGUGCCCGGUGCUCAGAGCCUUCAGAUGCCAUCUGUGCGGAGCCACGGGUGAUCGAGCGCACACUAUCAAGUACUGUCCAGAUAACAUCUUGUUAGACGCAGAUUACUGGAGUCGUGGUGGAAGCAACAUGUGAAAAAAGUG